AUGGAGGAGCGCUCAUUGCCGAAGACGAAGGAGAAGAAAGAAAGCACGCCCGGCAUCGUCUAUCUAAACUACAUUCCCACGGGUUUGACCGUGGCCAAAACGCGUGAGAUCCUCAGCGACUUCGGCGACAUAGGAAGGAUGUACUUCGAACCUAUCAAGAAACUUGACUCGAAGUCUCGUCCCACCCAUCGAUUCAGAGAAGGUUGGAUAGAGUUCAAGAGGAAGAAAGACGCGAAAAGAGUGGCGGAAGUGCUGAACGCAAAGCCUGUCGGCGGCAAGCGGCGAGCUCCUUACCAUGACUGCUUGUGGAACAUCAAAUAUCUGAACAGGUACCGUUGGACGCAUCUCUCCGAGAGAUUGACGUACGAGAAGGCCGUCAAAGAUCAGAGACUGCGCACCGAAAUCGCCAAAGCCAAGAGGGAAGCGAGUUACUACGCCAAGGUCCUCGAGAUGUCGAUUCGUAGGAAGAAAAAACGGAAAGUCGGAGAAGUUCUGGAGGAAAACCCUUCGCGAAUUAAACUCAGGAAAACCGACAAGGAAAUCCGAGAAGAGAAACCACAGCCGGCCCCCAACGACACUGCGGAUAGGAGCUUACUCAUGAGCAUUUUUUCCAAAGAAUAACACGCAUUGUCCAUCGUUGCGUCUGUUUGUACAGUAGUGAAGUUUUUGAAACUGUCAUUGUGAGGUCUGCGCAGAGUCUGUAUAAUUUAUGAAUACAAAUUACUUCGAAACAAAAACGUGCGUCGCCUUCCUCCGAUCCU